UGACCCGUAUUGGGUGCUAUCUAGCGGUACGUGACCUGCGGGUGCCAUAAACCCAUGAACGUUUAUUGUAUUUAAACUUUGUUGCGCCACUGCUCCAGAGUUAGUAUAGAUCCGAUUGCUACCGAGGACUCGAUGGUGCUGCAAUGUUUAAAGUGACAAUUUGUGCGUUGGUCGCGUUUGCGUUGGUGAAUUUAGUUGUAGCGUUCGAUGGUGAACAGCAUACUUACGGGAACGAUCCCUAUCGCCGUAGUGUAUUCAGCGGCUCGGAUGAAGCGGAUUUUUAUCUAAAUAGUGACAAAGAAGAUGAGGCGAUUGAUUUAGGAAAGUUUCAUCACCCCCAAAACGCAAGAAAAAUGUUUGUGGUUAAGCGGUUGAGUCCCACUAGUGCACCUAUUGUGAAACGGGCGAAUUAUGCUACAGCUGAAAAUAGUUGGUCGAAGUAUUUGAACAAAAUCAGUGACAUGCAAAUAAUGCCCUCUAGUGAAGAAGUAGAUCCUGAAGCUUCAUCUUUAAAUAUGAAAGUGGAUGAUAGUGCGGAACCAAGUUACGGCUAUCUAGAAGAAGUGAACACUGUUAAGAUGAAUGAUAGCUAUUCGAAUGAUAUGGCACAGAAGUGGUUCCCGAUAUUGAUGAAAAACGCAAACGAUGAAACUCCGCAAUCCAACGCGAGGAAGGAUAUUAAACCAAACGAUAAGUCAACUUUCAGGCCCUGGAAAUUUGAGGAUUUGGAUGAGUCGAUGAGAAAAUUUGUCGACUGGAUGUUGACAACGUUACAUCAGGCCAGAUACAAAUUUAAUGAAACAGAGACACUAGAAGCAACUCCAUCAGUGAAGCAGAAAAGAUUUGAUCGUUCGGAAGAGCGUGAGAAAGACAACCGAGAGAAUUGUCGUCCCUGUGUAAUUAAUAUUUUCAAUAGUUCUCAUAUCGGUUAUUUGGUUCUGAGUCCUAACAGUAAUUCAUCGGAAGAUUGUGUCAAACUCUGCUCGAAUAGCGACAUUUUUGGAAAAUCUGGCCAAAUUGAUGCUAAUUCUCUAAAGAACCUAGGGCACAUCGUCGAUGUAGCUUUGCACGCGACUACGCCAUCAGCGACAUUUGAUUUGGAUAACUCGUUGGUCAGAUGGGAUAGAUCAAAUGUUUUGGGAGUUACGAAGACCAUACCGAGUAUAACGAGUACCAUGCCAAGUGGUCACAUAGUAUCAACUACUACACCUAAAGUGCCUCCCACCCGUUUGUCAGCCAAGCAAACAAGCACCGUGCGGAAUAAACCAGCAUCUAAGUCUCUAUUUAAUGCACAGCCGAGUCCCUUAUAUCCCUCGCAAUUCUACCCCUAUCAGCCACCAUACAAUCCUGGAUGGAAGGCAUCCUCUAACCAGUCGCCUAAAUACCGGGAGCCUGGAUAUGAGCCAAAGAAGUCCCUUUACAGUAACCCGGGCAAAUUCGAGGACCACGUGGGCUACGAUCCGUACAGAGACCUUCCGUACGAUAUUCCCAGCGCGGAGAUAAUAGCAAACAGCCAGGAAUUCGAGUAUCCUUCUCCUUAUCAGCAAAAUCGUGAAUCCAAAAUACCUCCGAGUGAUUUGAAGUCUCAGUCAUCCAAACCAAAUAGAGCCAACGACUAUACGAUGGCGCAAGCCGAUGACGGCGUUAGACUUAUCAUCGAUCCUCCUCCUCCUUCUGAAUACCAAUCGCAGGAAACCCGGCAGAAUGCAAAAUUGCGAGAUACACUUUCGAAGGUUGGAUUAUCCUUCAAAUCGGAUCGACCUCCGAAAACAAAGCAAAGCAACUCGCCGGUGUAUAACCAGUUUACGAUGUCUCAGCCAGCCCGGAGUCAAAGGGAUCAGGUCAAAUCGAAGGCGUACGGCGGUACGCACGGGGUUCCAUCGAAGAAAACAAUGGGAAGGAAAGCUGCACCCAGCACAUUUUUGUUCUAAGGUUUAUCAUAUGAGUGAAUAAUAUUGAGCGAUAAGCUUCCGUGGUGUCAUUAUUUAUAUAUUUAUUUAUUUAUUUAUUUAUUUGUGGUCUGAUGAACAGCGUAGAACAUCAUCCGUGAGAAAAUGUUCAAACGUUUCUAAUUUUUCAUUAGUUAGAGACGAAUCCAGGGUGGGUAUAAUUUUGUAAUCACAAAAUUUGUGAUGGCCUAUUGUCGAAAUGCCUUGGUAGUUUUGACAAAAUUCAGCAGAAGUUUAAUAAAAGAGUUAAUUCCUGAACAUGAAAGAAAGAAGGCUUAAUGGUGAAUAGUAAAAGAAGUCGGCGUUGUUUCUGUUGAUGCUUGGUAGAGAUGGACGCCGCAGUCACCUUGUUGGAUAAACGCCUCGAAACUAGUUCAUAUAAGAGCAUAUGCCACUACAAGAUGUAAAAUGAGAAAACAUCUUUUUACCAUGUUUUCUAUAGAAUGUUCGUGGGAAUUGUUUGCCGAAUGAACAUACAGAAAUUAAAUCAUUUAGAAAUAGAUGAUGAUGAAUGAUUUGCUUGAGUUUUUUUUAAAUCUCAUCUAAUUGCCUUUGUUUCAUCCUUAGAGAAUGUUUUAAUUGAAAGAUUAGUUUGACAAAUACACACACAUUUGAAUAUUUCUAAAUAAACUAAUAAUUAUUGGGUAAUUACGAGGUAUGGCUAUUAAAUAACGAGACUGGUUACGAAAAAGGGUUAUAUUUUAAAAAUUACGAUACAACGAUAUGCUCCCCUUCAAUAUACUUCCCUUGGCUCAUCACACACCUUUCCAUACGGUUUUUCCAUUGUUCGAAGCAGUGCUAAAACUCUUCUUUUGUGAUGGCGUUCAAAAGCCGCGUCGCUAUUUCCUUCGCCUCUUCUACGGACUGAAAUCGGGUACCUUUCAACACGGAUUU